GUGCACAGACCAACUUUUUUCUACUGGUCACCAGUAUGACGUCAAUUAAUAAUAAUGCUUACGAUGGUUUUCGCACUUUUUCCUGGUUAGAGGACCUCAGUGGAGUUCCACUAGAUAAGAUCAAUUUCAUAAUAGUCUAUAUGAUUUCAUUUGCUAUAGCUGGACUUUUGAGAUCAUCGCUAAGUGCUGAAAAAGUUAAACCAGAAACUCGUCAUGCUUUUUGCAUUAUUUUUGGCCUUAUUUUAGGUUACUUUGCAUUUGGAAAAUAUGCAAUGCAUUUAAUAGGAUUUUCAACGAUAUGUUAUGGCGUGAUAACCACUCGAGAUCCAAAACUUAUUCACAUAGAAGUUUUUAUCGUAGCUGCGCUUUACCUUUCCUACUUACAUUUGCAUUUACAAAUUUUAAAUUAUGGAACUUACACUUUGGAUAUUAGGGGUCCUAUCAUGAUAAUGACAGGAAAAGUCACAAGUUUGGCAUGCAGUUUACACGAUGGAUUUGCUCGCCCAGAAAAAGAACUCACUGUAAUGCAAAAGGAGCAUGUUAUAAGAAAAAGGCCUUCACUGUUGGAAUAUUACAGUUAUUUGUUAAGUUUUUUGACCAUAAUGGCAGGUCCUGGAACAUUUUACGAUGAAUACAUGGACUUUAUUCAUAAUCGUCGAAUUCAGGAGGAAAAAUUACAAAACAAAAAUUUUAGUGAAAGGGAACUACAAUUUUCAAUUAAUUUAGCAACGUUGAAAAAAGUUUGUCUGGGUACUGUUUUUCUGGUUCUUCUGUAUGUUUUUCUGCACACUUAUGAUAUUCAAAAUAUGACAGAUGACGAAUUCUUGAAGAAUACAUCUAUGUUCUAUAAAAUUUGGUGCCUAAACAUAUUAGCGAGUAUUCACCGAUUAAAUUAUUAUUUUGCUUGGGUUUUUGUCGAUGCAAUUUGUAACAAUGCUGGUUUUGGCUUUAAUGGAUUCGAUGAAAAUGGACAAAUUCAAUGGACUCUUGUGACCAAUGUGAAUGUAUGGGAAAUCGAGAUAGCACCCAAUAUAAACGCAUACAUUAAAAAUUGGAAUAAAGUGACAAUCAGAUGGUUAAAACUAGUAGUUUAUGAACGAGUACCACGUUUUAAAAUUAUGAUUACCUUCCUAACUUCCACAAUUUGGCAUGGAUUUUAUGCAGGAUAUUAUCUUUCGAUGAUGCAUGGAAUACUUUAUUAUUAUGCUGCACGUUCUAUUCGUCGACACGUUAGGCCUUAUUUUCUUGGGUCAAAAGUAUUGAAAUGUUUGUACGACCUAUUAACGAUGGUAGUAACGAGAAUUGCAAUGUCUUACUUUACUGUGAGUUUUAUUGUUUUUGAAUUCCAAACAGCGUGGAAAAUCUACAGGGACGUGUAUUUUUUCCAUUUAAUUUUUCCAGUGAUCGGUGUUCUUCUGGUACCUAUUCUUCUGCCCGCGAAUGAAACAAUAACGAUAAGUGAGGUCAAGAAUGUCGAUAGUGAAAGGAAUAACAAUAAAGUAGAUUCAUAAUCGAAAACGUAUGUCUUUUUAGCAUCGAUAAUAUAAAAUAAAAAUAUAUUUAUUGAAUUUUAA